UACAGUCCUACUAAAGCUGGUGGAUCGUUGUGAAUCAGGGAAAGGAGAUCACAUUUUCUGCUCUUCCAGUUUCAGACCGCCCAGCUGAGUUCUGCCCCUCUCUCUCUGAUCUCUGUUAUAACUCCAUUACAAAGACUAAAUUAAGUUUCCAGCCCAGUGCUGUGCUGGCACUGCAGGCACAUGUCCAGCUAUCACUAUUAAAACUGAAGUCUUUCUCUUUUCAUAGCUCACCACCAUUUUGAUCCAUGAAGACGUCAUCUGGCUGGAGAAGAUGAAUUUGACUUCAACAGUAUUGAUUGUUGUUGUUGAGAUAUUUGCUGUUUCCUUCCAGUACCACCAGGGGGCGCUGUACUCUAACUGGUUUGUGAAAGCAAGUGGAUAGGAAGUUUUUUUUUAUAGGGAUUAAAGUGCAUGUUUAUUGUGAGCCCGAAUGGAAACAAGUCUCAUGACGUAUUUAUUUGGAGUUUUGUUGCACAUUUUGAAACAAGAUUUUAAAAACAGGAAGUCCUUGGUAUCACCUGCAAUGUCACUUUUUAAAUUGUGUAUUUUCACCUAAAAGAAGGUGUGUUUAGAGCCCAGAUUACCAGAAACAGACCUUUAUUUCAGCUUAUUUGAUACAUUUUUGCACAUUUAAUGUCAGAACACAAGACAAUCAAUGUUUCUUUCCUUUAAAGAAGAUGAUGAGCGUCCAUUAACCAUGUUGGGUCAUUAUUAGUAAGACUUUUAUGAUAAUUUAUUUGGUGAAAGACUACUUUUUGCAGAGUAUGCAUUUAAAACAUUGGACUUGAUCAUCCUGAGUUAAGGAGGAGGUGGGGGUGCGUAAAGUGUGCUCCUUGUUUGGAGUCAUAUUACGCACGGGCAUGGAGCAGCAGCAGCGCCUGGGAGGGACUUUAUACAUGUGCACAUAACUGUUGCUCUCGGCUGCUUCUCUCUUCUCGGGGCUCUUUGGGGGCAGCACAAAUCCUGCGCUUGCGUCAAGACUCACCUGCACUCUUACUGAAAGUUAACGGGCGAGCCUCCAGUUUUAAAGUUGUUUCCCUGCAGCUUUUGCCCUCUUUUUUUCCUCCCUUCUUUUUUUCCUUGUUUGGAGUUUGCAGAAGUUGCUAUAAUGUUGGGGAGCGGGAAGUCACCGGCGGCCACCAAUUCCAAAGAGCACAGGAAGAAAGUGGCCGAAAAGACAGUGGCAGACCCCAUCAGGAGGCUCGGGCUGCAGGACAAUGAGGACAUUCACAUGAUGAUGCAGGGCUCCAACAUGGUGAAAGUUCGCUCCUCGAGGUGGCAGAAGAGCCGGAGCCUGCGGCUUCUGGAGGAUGGACUCACCGUGUGGUGCGAAUCCACAAAGAGCUCCCGCAAAGCCAAAGCCCAGCAGACCUUCGCUGUUACAGAAGUAGAGUGUGUGCGCGAAGGUUGCCAGUCUGAGACGCUGAGGCGGCUGUCAGGCUCUGUGCCGGAGAGCCAGUGCUUCACGGUGGUUUUCAGAGGAGCCAGGAAGAGUCUGGACCUGCUGUGCCCCGGUGAGGAGGAGGCUCAGCGCUGGGUUCGAGGGCUCCGCUCUUUAAAGGAUCAUGUGGCCAACAUGAGUCAGAAGGAAAAGCUGGACCAUUGGAUCCGAAGCUACCUGAGGCGAGCAGAUCAGAACCAGGAUGGCAAGAUGAGCUACGACGAGGUCAAGCGCCUGCUGCAAAUGAUCAACAUCGACCUGAGCGAGCAGUACGCCCGCUCUUUAUUCAAGAGGUGUGACCGAUCCGGUGAUAGUCGUCUGGAUCACAUUGAGAUUGAGGAGUUCUGCAGGGAGCUGCUGCGCCGGCCUGAGCUAGACUCUGUGUUCAGACACUAUUCCAGUAAUGGUUGUGUGCUUGCCACUGCUGAGCUGCGAGACUUCCUCGGAGACCAAGGAGAAGACGCCUCGCUGAAUCAUGCCCUGAGCCUCAUACUUACCUACGAGUUCAAUGACUGGGCUCAGAAGAACCAGUUCAUGACCCAGAAUGGCUUCACCAUGUACAUGCUGUCCCUGGAGAACGAUGUGGUUAACCCUGACCAUGCCAGAGUCUACCAGGACAUGAGUCGCCCUUUGACGCACUACUUCAUCUCCUCGUCACACAACACUUACCUUACCAAGGACCAAGUAACCGGUGCCAGCAGCGCAGAGCCAUACAUCAGGGCUCUGAAUCAAGGCUGUCGCUGCGUGGAGCUCGACUGCUGGGAUGGAGAUAAAGGAGAGCCUGUCAUCUACCACGGCCACACUCUCACCUCCAAAGUGCCUUUCAAGGAGGUUAUUGAAACCAUCAACCAGUAUGCUUUUAAGGCGUCCCCAUACCCUCUAAUCCUGUCCUUGGAGAAUCACUGUUCUGUGGAGCAGCAAGCCGUCAUGGCCAAACACCUCCGCACCAUUCUGGGGAGCAAACUGCUCACCAAGCCCCUGAGUGACCGGCCGCUGAAGGAUCUGCCUUCUCCUGAGGAGCUAAAAGGGCGUAUUCUGGUAAAAGGGAAGAAGCAGACUCCUCACCUGGGCCAACUGGGUAAGAAUGGGAGCUGUGCCAGCUUCUCCUCCAGCUCUGAGGACGAGCUAGCAAACAGCAGUAAGAACACACCCAAGAAGGACCCUGCAAAGGUCUGUUCCAAACUGAGCCCCGAGCUAUCAGACCUGGUGGUGUACUGCAGGAGUGUCGGCUUCCAUGGGUUCGAAAACAUGACUGAAAAACCUCCAAACGAAAUGUCCUCCUUCUCUGAGAGCGAUGCCCUGAAGCUCAUCAAAGACUCGGGGAAGCUUUUUGUGCGACACAACAGCAGGCAGCUGAGCCGGAUCUACCCCUCCGGCCAGCGCCUGCAAUCAUCCAACUAUGAUCCUCAGGAAAUGUGGAAUGCUGGCUGCCAGAUGGUUGCUCUGAACUUCCAGACCCCUGGGGAGCAGAUGGACCUGAACCAGGGUCGCUUCCUGCCUAAUAGCCGUUGUGGAUACAUUCUCAAACCAAGCUUCCUGUGCAGCCAGACGUCCAACUUUAACCCAGAGAACACGGGAGGAGGCCCGGGUCACAUCCCCACACAGCUGACCAUACGAAUCAUAUCUGCACAACAGCUGCCAAAGAUCAACACAGAUAAGGCAACCUCCAUUGUGGACCCACAAGUCUGGGUGGAAAUUCAUGGAGUGGAUAUCGAUAAUGCAAGAGACAAAACUCAGCGCAUUGACAACAAUGGUUUUAACCCACGGUGGGAUUGCACCCUGAGCUUCCAGCUGCAGGUUCCUGAGCUGGCCCUGGUGCGGUUUGUGGUGGAGGACCACGAUCACACCGCCAAAAACGACUUUGUGGGGCAGUUCUGUGUGCCUUUCACCAGCCUGAGAACAGGUUAUCGGCAUGUUCAUUUAUUAAAAGCAGAUGGUUCCAGUCUGUCCCCCGCCACACUCUUCAUCCAUGUCAAAGUGAGCAGCAAAGGAGUCCACAUUAAAAGUGUGUCUGAACGGCUGGUCCUGGCCAAAGGCAAGGCAUGACGAGCAUUAGAACAAGAAGGAGAGCUGCAUUUAACCGACAAAAGGCUGCUGCUUCUGCUGCUGCCAGACCUCGAGUGGUCCAAUUUACACCGAUCCACUUCCCAAUAAAGGCGGAAAGAUGUCAUUUAUCAGAGGAGAAGAAGCGCACAUGCUCUUAGCAAAUGAAAAGCCUCAGGCUGGGUAAUGAAUCCAGGAUACACUGUGAGAGUGUCUGGUCAUGUCAGUGCUGAGAGCUAUGAAACCAGGGGAUUUAGUACAGUGGAUUAAAAAAACAUACUGAUAUGGAAAUAUGUUACAAAAUUAAAUUAUAUAUACAUUAACCCCUAAUCUCUUAGAAAAAGGGAAGAUUUGUGUCCUCUUUUUGUUUGACAUGAGAAAUAUUUCAACAUUUUAACACUCAGGCAUUAGGCUUUGACUUAGAGAUAUAUGUGAGUUUAACAUGAAACUGCACUUAACACACACUGAAAGGUGCUGUCAGUGAGAAUACAAGCAUGAAUGCCUGUGCUUCAAAACUAUGAAUUUUAUUUACUAAUUAUUGUUUUAGAGCUAACUGUGAGUUCUUCAGAUGCCAUAAUGUUUUUAAUACCGUCACAGGUCGUUUUAUCCUUAAAGAUUGAACAAAAUGAAGUCAGUCAGUCUUACUUGAUUCUACAGAUACUCAGCACUUUAAUAAUAUAGAUAUAUAAAUAUAUUUUUUACCAGCCAUAUGACAACAAACAGUAUUUCUAUAAGAGCUUAAAAUAUAAACAGUGUUAACUUUGAUGUUUACUUGUAAUAAUGCUAUUGUUCCAUCAUUUCAAACAUAGUAAUAAUGUGGUUAGUAAAAUUGUUUGACUUUUUAAUGGUUUGUAGCCUCUUUUUGUUGACAACACUGCAAAAUAAUUUUUGUUUACAAUUCUUUUACCUUAACUUCUGAUUCAGAGGAUAACACUAACUGCACUAUUUUAAUGCAACCCCCAAUUAUAGACUACAAGUAAAAAAAAUUAACACUCUUAUAAGGAGGUGCCUUGACAAUAAAGUGACAAUGAAAGGUGCUACAUGUGAUUCUCUGUAAGUCUGGUAAGUAUACAUGCAUGGUCAGAUUGUGUUUCAGUAGCAUGUAAUAUAUGUUUACUGAGGUCUUAAAGGUUAGAGCUGAUGUUGUGUGAACAGCGGCCGGUAUUAUGUGUACAAGAGAAAACACUGUUUUCAUAAAAGCACAAUUACUGCAUCGAUGAGCAAACCCUUUUGUUGAUGUUUUGAGUAUGUGAGAAAGAAAGAAGGAGAUAAUGUGUUUGUGUGUUGUAUGGGGGAUUGGGCUGUGCAGGAAUACAUGAGAAAUAUGUGUUUAAUUCUUCAAACUGCAAGGUCAGGAGCUCCAGAGGGCCAGUGAAGUACUGAAAGUGUUGUCUGACAGUAAAACAAAUGCAACUGCAUACUUGUUUUAAUACUUGUAUCAUUUCAAAAUAAAACAAAAACACAUUGGUUUGAA